AUGCUUCGUUUUAUUGUUUUUAUAACAAUUUUAAUACCUUUACUUGCAAUUUUAUUUGGUAUCAUAGAAAAUGCUCAAUAUGUUAGUUUACCAAAACCAAAAUAUCUUGGUGCAAUAAUUAAUCAUUCUCCAUUAAAAUCAAAUGAAUUUGGUCGUUAUAUAAAACCAUUUUCAGCUAUUGAUUAUUCAUGGGUUUCUUCAUCAAAAUUAUCUAAUUUUUUUACACUGAAACAUUGGGAUUUUAAAUCGAUUUCAACUGAACGUUAUUUUAUUGUAGCUGCUAUAGCAAAUUUUAAUUAUAUAGCCCAGGCAUUUACUUAUGUAGUUGAUCGUAAAAAUCCAGAUAAACCAUUUUAUCACUAUUCAAGUAGAUCGAUUUUAGCAUUAGCUAUUAAAGAACAAGCAAAAUCAUCUGUUGAUGGUUGUACUCAUUUUUAUCAGUCUUCUUCAGAAUAUAUUCGUCUUUGCUAUAAUAAACAUGAGCAAGUAUAUGAAAUCGAUGUUAAUGUACCAACGUCUGAUGGUCUUCAAAUAUCAUUUGAUUAUAAAAUUAAUUUUUCAAGUGAACACGAUCAAUCAAUGGCUUUAGUUUAUCCUGUAGAAAUAACACGGCCUGCUUAUACACAUAAAGUAGCCGGUUUACCUUCUCAAGGACAAAUAUCUAUAGGUAAUGAUAAUAAAUAUGAUCUUAUAAAUGGUGUGAGUAGUAUGGAUUGGACAUUGGCUUAUUCAGAAAGAUUAUCUCGUUGGAAAUGGGCUUGUCUUUCAGUAGUUGGUACUAAUUCAUCUGAUAAUAAACCUGUAACAAUUGGUAUAAAUCUUUCCGAUAUGGUUUAUAAUGAUGAAAAUGGUGUUUCAAUGGAGAGUGCUAUUUGGAUUGCUGGACAAGUGUAUACAUUGAAUAAAAUUGUUUAUAAUUUACCUGAAGAACGAUAUCAGACAAGUCAACCAUGGCAAAUCUAUUCUACAGGGGAAAUUAAUUCCAAAAUUCCUAAAAUUAAUUUAACUUUUCAACCAUGGGGUAGUCAAGAAGAACAUAUCAAUGUAUUUCUUGUUGCCGGAGAUUUUGUUCAAGCUUUUGGCACAUAUAAUGGAACUAUAGAAUUAUUUGAUCAUACAUAUGUUAUCGAAGAUGGCUUUGGUGUUGCAGAAAAUCACUAUGCUAAAUGGUAG